AUGCAGGGAGCGCCUGGUUUGCCCUCGAGCGAUUCUUCACAAGGACAGGCAGCAGUCUGCGUUCCCGCAAUCUCUCUUUCAAGUGGUGAUGUCGACUGGAUGCGCUUUGAGUUCCCUGGCGUGAAGACGAUCACCUUGGGGGAGAGCGGUCCAGGCGCCGUCUGGUGGUGUUCUUGCUCUGAUGACCUUAUCUUACAUCGGAGUUUGUUUGAGGCUUUGUCUAGGACAGCAAUCGACCGCAGCUUUCUAGCUGGCCUUGCUGGGCAAUGCUAUCAUUUGAAAGUCCUUCUACGCAUCGCCAGCACGCUUGGAUUGCAGAUUGAGGACCUAAGUAGGAGGCAAGCUGUGCUUUCCCCAGCAGUGCGAGUGGCGGAGCUGGAGAUAGACACCGAAGCUGAAGGGGAACGACUCGUUAGCGUUUCAAGUAUUCCUCUGCCCUGGUCAGGGAAGGACGGCCUUCCCACAGUCUUGGUUGGCUGCGCCAGCAAGGGGUAUGCAGUAGUCCGCCGGACCAGCCGAGGAACUUUGGCCUGCACGUCUUGCUCCGGCAGCGGGCGGAUCAAGUGCUGGCACGUACAGGCCCAGGUUGAGGAAGCCAGCGCUUUAGUCCCCCCAAGCAAGGCCCUUACUGCGGCAGAGUUUGAGGAGCGCCUCAAGCGAGCUCUAUCGGACCUUAGCACAGGGAUGAGACGACUGACCUGUUUGAGUAGGGUGCGGGUUGAGGAACCUCAUUUGAUUGGGCCAGAGUUGGCAGAUAUCUUGAAAAGGCGAGGCACCCUUGAGCUCCGGUUCCCGCCCAAAUGCUCCAUCAAAACGGAACUGCCGGGGGUGCAGUGCGGUUGUGGUCGGUCUUGGGAGGCAGCAGAGAAGAAGUGGGUGUCAGGUACUAUUUUCCAUCUGACUGCCCCUGUGUCCACUGAGGUGGAGGAGUGGGCAUGUCUGUGCGGUGGCAAGAAGCAUUACGAUGGCGCCUCGGUUGGUCUCCUCAACUUCAGCAAUGUCUACCUCUUCAGUUAUGAGUUGCUGAACUGGCCGGUUGGUGAGCCGGAAGAGGUUACAGCGGACGGCGUCCUACUCGGAUUCAACUCGAGCUUCAGCUACCUGGUCCAACCAUGGGCAAGUCCUGCAUCCGAACCCCUGGUUUCGGGGUCCCUGCAUACCGAGCGGAUACUCGUCAAAGCUGCUCCUGCUCGGCAACUUUUGCUUCGAUUCUCAAAGCGAAGUACGACAGCCCGAGGAGCGGGGCUGGAUGAUGCGAAGUAUGCUGAGCUCCGCAAGCUUCUCCAAUCUGAAGAGGAGGCUUCGGUCCUCUGCUUCCUCGUGGACGCUCCCCUCACUGACAAGGACCGCCACUUCGCCCGGCCAGAGGUGCGGGAGUUUCUGCAUGCGGUCGAGUCCUCUGCACCUACCUGCUCUCUCCUUCCUUCGAGCGUCUUUGCCGUCGUGGAGAACCAUCUUCUGCAACACGGCCACAUAGCCGACUUCGAGUCGUACCAGCUGUUCGCAUCCAACGCGUCCGUUCUGCAUUCGCUCAUACUUGCCCUUCAAAAACGAGCUGCGGAUGGUAAACUCGAUCGCACUGCGGUCGAUCUUCUGAGGGCCAUGCUUGCGGUGGCACGGCGUGCCUUCAAGCCCGCCGUCCAGCGCUCUCCGUCUCAGGCUGCCAACCGCAAGGAGCCCGCUCUCUCCGAGCAUCCGGAACUAAGUGAGUUCUCAUUCGUCUGA